GCCAAUGGUUGCAUAAAAACGUUUUUACACAAAAAACAAAAACACGAGAAUUUUUUCAUUUUUUAAAUUUUAUUAUAAAUAUGAUACGAGUUUUACAGAGGCAAAUAAAUAGAAAACAAAAUGUUUUGGUUCGAUAUUUAUCUGCACAACCGGAAUCAGAAGCUAAAGAAUCUAAUGUUGAGCAAAAAAUAUUAAAAAAGAAGUCUUCAUUCAUAUCGCCAGAAUAUCGUUUUCAAUAUCAGGAGUUUCUUCCCGAUCCUCAACACCGAUUAAGAAAUUCUGUUAGAGAAGCAUUAGAAAGAAAGGACAUGCUUAGUCGGCGAACUCAAAUUUACAUCCCCGAAUUCUAUGUUGGAUCAAUUGUCGCAGCAACUUCAUCCGAUCCUCAUUCACAAGGAAAAACAAACAGAUUUUUAGGUAUUUGCAUUGAUCGAGAACGUUGUGGACUGAAAGCAAAUUUCAUUUUACGAAAUGUCAUCGAUCAUCAAGGCAUUGAAAUUAAAUUUGAAAUGUAUGAUCCAACGCUUCAAAAAAUUGAAGUUAUUAAACUUGAAAAGCGACUUGAUGAGAAGCUUUACUAUCUUCGUGAUGCUUUACCAGAAUACAGCACCUUUGACCUUAAUAUGGAACCAGAAUUAAUUCCGGAAGGCUCUCAAGUUCCAGUGAAUCCUUUGAAAGUUCAAUUAAAACCUCGACCAUGGCUCGAAAGAUGGGAGCGACAAGAAUUGAAGGGAGUUGAAGAUAUAAAUCAACAUCUUUACGAUAAACAUCGUCGGUUAGCAGCAAUGCGUGCCACACCAUGGGAAAAAUACGAUUUAAUGAAAGAAUAUCGUAAAAGUAUUCCAGAGGAGGAGCAGAAAAAGAUUUUCUCAGAAAUAUUCUCGCGAAUGAAACAAAUUAACGAUGAACACAAGAAGAAUAUGAAAGCUAAAAGAUCCAUUACAAAGCCUAAAACGCUUGCAUAAAAAAUUGUUUCUUAAACUUAGUAAAUAAAUAAAAAAUUCAGUUAAUUAAAUUUAUAAUCUUUUACAUUU